UAAUCUGUUUCAGAGUACAAAGCGGGAGAAGAGAAGAACAUAGGAAAAAAACAAAAAUGGCGUGCAGGAGCAUGCUUCGUUCAGCGAUUAUUGUGGAACCAUUUCAAUUCCAAUUCAAACCCUUACUUUUUGAUUUGAAUCCGAAUAAGCGAGGAGGAUUUCGGUGCAAAACCAUUAAGGCUCGUCCGUUUCACCGUGGCGGUGGAGGAGUUCUCCGUUGCUCGCAUAACGAUAAGCCGUCGUUUCACGACGAUCAAGGUCCUCCUCAAGAAGCUGUGUUGAAGGCCAUUUCAGAGGUAUCUAAGACAGAAGGGAGGAUUGGUCAAACUACGAAUAUGGUUAUUGGAGGCACCGUGACCGAUGAUUCUACUAAUGAAUGGGUUGCUUUGGACCAAAAGGUGAAUUCAUAUCCAACUGUUAGGGGGUUCACUGCAAUUGGAACUGGUGGUGAUGAUUUUGUGCAAGCUAUGAUUGUUGCUGUCGAAUCUGUAAUCCAGCAGCCGGUUCCUCAGGGAUGUGUGAAGCACAAGCUAUCAACAAGGGGGAAAUAUGUGUCUGUAAACAUUGGGCCAGUCCAAGUUGUUUCCAGCGAACAGGUCCAAGCUGUAUAUAAUGCUAUGAGGAGGGAUGACAGGAUGAAAUAUUUUUUAUAGUAUUUUCAGAAUUUGUAUAGGAUGCAGUAUUUCAAUUGGUAUAUUAACAUGUCUGCUUUCUAGUGGUUAGGCUGAUUUUGUUCUUUGAUUAAUCCACAAUAUCGUUAUAAUACUGUGAAAAUUGGAUCUCUUCUGUAUUUUAUGAAGAUGUAACUUAAUAUUA